AUGCCCAACAGCUGCGGCAACAUGAAGCUUUUAGCCAUGACUCCUCCAAAGAAACGGGCUCAAAUGUCAGAGUGGCAGAAAUUCAAGCCUGUCAUUCAACAAAUGAUAUUACAGAAGAACAAGUCUCUGCAAGAGACCAGACAGUGGCUGGAAGAGCAUGGGCUCCCCGUGACGAAAGCACAGCUAGAGUACAAGAUCAAAGUCUGGGGAUUCCGAAAAAAGGUCCCCAAGAAUAAGAGCCAGGCUGUGUGGCAAUAUAUUGGACACCAAUUGGCUAAACGGGAGCGACUUGGCAAGAGGACGGAAGUCGUCCUUGAAAAAGAGGUGCUUGAUGUUGCAAAAGUUCUUGCGGCGAGUCCAAAGCCCCCUGAGGGUAUAGACAUCUGCAUCGGCACGCCCCCUCCUAUUCGAAUGGAAUUUGAAUGGCCAAGCAGUCUUCCAUGGAUACAGUCUCAACCAAAGCUCGCGCAACUGUUCAGCGCUACAACAGUCAAAGACGAAAAUGCCAUAGCCGCGCCUCAAACAUGCAUGAUGAGUCAGGCCUUGUCAAGUCUUCUUGGAGACAGGAACAAUGCUUCAAUGGAGGGUGUCUCUCAACUCGCUGCCGAAAUUGGCUGCAUCAUGCCGGAAAGCCACAGCCAAGAGAAUAUGGAACGCGCGAAGAAGAUCAUCAAAGGCUCGACCGAGGAAUCAUGGCCAGAAUACAUGAAAUUGGUUCUUUUUCGAUUGUCGAACAAUCUCUUUGAUGCUCAAGAGGUCAACAACUGGACUUUGAUACUGGAUUCUCUUGAACGGUCUGGCAUCAUGAAGUCGCCACUCCAACUCGUUCGUAUAGCAGAUUUGACCAUCUCUGCAAUUGCUGAAAAUUUAUUUCGAUAUGGCUUUGAUGCACUCUGGUCUCUCGAGUUGACGGUAGAGCUGGAGACUCGAACGACAAAGCUCAUUACCUGGCUUCUAUCAUCCGGCGAGAAUCCAAAUACGCCCGUAAGGGUAGUAAGUACUACGGGAUCCGUCUUACUCACGCCUUUGCAACUCGCUGUGCAAUGCGAAAAGCCAGCCCUUGCCAUACAACUACUCGACGCGGGAGCUGAUCCGAAUCUUGCUUUCGACCCCUCGCAACCUACACCCUUGAUGUCUGUCCUGGAGCAUUACGGUGGUUUUGAAGAGGACAGCUACGACCUCUUUAGGCAUCUGCUUAACGAAAAUGCUUCUUCGAACGAGAGUCCUGGAUCUCAAGGCCCCUCUGCACUUAUGUUGGCGGUUGAGCAUAGUCAACUGACUCUGAUCGAUAUCGACCUUCUGGUUCAGAGCGGAGGAUCAAUCUUACACCAGAUUGAAACCCCAAAGAGCUCUAGACUGUCUAUUUUCAUCAACUCUCAAAGCGUGAUCGGCUGCGCUGCUGGGCUCUCAUCCGAAUGGGAGGCUCUAGGCCGCGUGGAGUACUUGCUGAAGCAGGUCCAGCGUCUUUACCCAUCACGCUCGCUGGCUUCUUUGAUCGCGCCAGAUGUUCCUCUGGCUGCUGCAUCGCGAGGUCACGGCAAAAUUCUCCGUCUGCUCCACGAGAUUGGAUUCAAUAUUUUGAAUACUUGGUGCAACGGAAUAUCUGCGCUACAUGUUGCUGCGUAUUGGGGGCUUGCCGACACUUGUCGGCUCCUCUUGGAAUCGGGAGCGUCAGUGGAAGGUGGCGGUUCACUAGACCAGACGCCCUCACCUCUUUAUCUUGCAAUCUUCAGCAAUUGCUAUGACACCGUCCAAGUAUUAAUCAACACCAAAGCCGAUGUUCAUCGUGGCCUCGCACUACAUGAGGGACAUGAAGGAUGGGGCGAGAAACUUUGGCAUCCACACUGGAAACCAGAACAGCGCAGCUGGACUGAGUUCUCUUCAUUCUUCCACAGUCCGAUUGGGGCAGCAAUCCUGCGAGCCCAGGACCAUCGGAUUUGUGAUUAUCUUAUCUCUCAAGGGGUAUUUGUACCCGAAUGGGCGUUCUACUACGGGAGCUGCAAUCCUAAAAGUCUUUUGAUUGUUCAGUUGGCCGCAAUAUCCAUGGACAGUGCGGAUCCCAAUUGGCGCGGAGAGGAUGGACGUACUCCUCUCCAGGCAGCAUUGACAGUGGAUGACACCAGCGACUCUACUCAAACCCUGGAGAGUCAAGAAAUUGCAUCAAUUUUGCUUCACAAAGGUGCACGUUUUGCUGGUUGGGAGGCCCAGCAAGCCAUAUUACUUGGUCGCUGGGAACUUUUGGACAAAAUUCUCCGACUCGAUACUCUAGGCGUAGCUCAGCGCCCUCAACCAAUGUCUAUGCUCGAGGUUGCUUUGCUCACCGAUUCUCUUCAGCUGUUUGAAAAUUGCAUGGAAACAGAUCGCAACAAGUACGACGCUGGCGCUUUAUGUGCUAGCGUCUUGCUCUCAAUUCAGAAUGAGGACCUUGAUGUUACGAGGAGGCUCCUAAAGCAUCGAGAUCGAAGACAAAUUGCGUCUCUCCUUGAAGGGUCUGCCAUUGCCAUUGCGGCCUGGUUCGACUGGGCAGAGUUGUUAGACUUGCUUCUCACCGAGAUACAACCAUCACCAGCUUUAGCGAGACUCCCGAGGCGAUUAGAUCCAAACACAGACAUAGAUUGGGUACAGUACAACAUUCUGCGUCUAAAAACCUCUAUCAGAGACGCUGUGGCUGGAACGCUAAUUGAUGGACUGCCUUUUUGGCAUCAAGAUGACGGAUUUGACUUGGUAGCGUCACCCUUAGUCAUGGCGCUCUGGUCCAUGGAGUCGAUAUCUCAACUUCUGCAACAUGGCCACCAACCUGACAAGCUCACGGUCUCCAUUGCGAUCAAAAUGGGAGACUUGAAUUUGCUUCAGAAACUGCUUCGGAGUAACAGGUUGGGAAAGGACUGUUUUGAUGACAAGUCAGAGGGAUUGAUGUUAACUGCAGUCUCGUCCAAGAGCAUAGAAACAGUGCAGAUUCUGUUUAACGCUGGUGGCGACGUCAACGAGAAAAAUGACGCUAUGUGGUUUGGAAGAACGCCUCUGCAAAGGGCAGUCGAGGAUGGCAACCUGGUCAUGAUAGACUUUCUGCUCAAGUUAGAUGCCAGUGUCGAUGCCCCCGCGGCAAGGACCGGCGGAGCAACCGCUUUGCAAAUUGCGGCUAUCAAUGGCAAACUUGGGCUCGCGAAGAAGCUCAUCGAUCUUGGCGCCAACGUCAAUGCUCCUGGAGCUUGUUAUGAAGGCGGAAGAACUGCGCUGGAAGGGGCAGCCGAGAACGGGAGGAUAGACAUGCUAAAAUUCCUGCUGCUGCAGGGAACGGACACGACUGGAAAGGGUAGGCUUCAUUAUCUUCGAGCCAUCAAGCUCGCACUAGCGGAGGGCCACCAAGUCGCCGCAAAGCUUCUGAAGGACACCAUAGAAUGGGAGCCAGAGGACGAGGCAUUGCUUGCAAAGCUGGAUUCGUUGCCCAGGUCUCAAUGGGAGAGAUACUGUGAGACAGCUGAUCCUCGAAGCGUUUUGGGCAUCGCGAGUUCCUCGAACGAGGACCUCUGGGUUAUGAGCCCAGCGCUCUACCCCUGA